AUGUCACCAUAUAAGGUGGUCUAUGGAAAAGCUUGCCAUUUGCCAGUUGAGGUAGAACACAAAGCAUACUGGGCAGUGAAGGCCUGCAAUAUCCAUUAUGACUCAGCUGGGGAGCAGAGGAAUUUGAAACUGCAAGAGCUAGAAGAGAUGCGUCUUAAGGCUUAUGAGAACUCAAGAAUUUACAAAGAAAAGACCAAGAGGUACCAUUACAAGAUGAUAUCAGGGAAAGACUUUUCCAUUGUCACAAAGGUAUGCCCUCAUAGUGCAGCAGAGAUCAAGAGUGACUCCACUAAUAAGAGCUUUAUGGUAAAUGGACACCAUUUGAAGCACUUCUUGCAAAGUCCAGUCCCCUUGGAAGAGGUUAAAGAGAUUGACUUACAUGCUACUGUCAUGAACUUCAACCACAACCCUUUCCUUGAGUAA